CGCUGAGAGCCGCGGACCGUUGGAUGCCCCUCAGCGGCCAGGUGCGUGGACGCGAAGCGGAGUGUAGGACGCGCCAGCGUGUGCGCUGUCCGGUGGCUCCGUGAACGGGGGUUGGGCUCAGCUGUGCGCCGCCGGCGACGCCUGCAGCAGCGCCACGGCGGGACGCUGGAAACCAUUCGCCCGCCGGACCGACAACGUGUUCAUCCAACGGCGUCCGACGGGGGAGGCACCAGCUCGGCGCUGCCGCCGCGCCUGCUGGGUAGUGCCGCUCAGCGCUCCCAGCCUGCCAAGCCCGGCCGGAGGCAAUGCUGCAGCCCGACAUCACCCCGGCAUGAGACUGACUUCAGCCCGCCAGCGCGGAAUCAUGAAGGCGGCCGGUUGUCUCGUUCUCAUCGUGCUAUGCUUAGCCGUCAGCUACCACGCGGUCGCUGCUCGGGAUGUUGCCAGGGCCAAAGAGAACUCGGAUGCGGGAUCGGGUACAUCGACGGCAGCCGUGACAACCGUGACGGUGACAACAACGGACAGCCCGGUCACUGAAACGGAGUCGGAGGCCGAGCCGGAGCCGGACCCUGAAUGGGAGAUCGUCUACUCGGUGUGGAUGGAGCAGCUGCAAAAGGACCUGUCGGACGUCUGGGAGACAGCCUGA